CUUGCUGGGCAAAAGUAUAAUAAACUGUGCUGAGAAUAUCACUUGUUGAAUAUCUGCAUCAUAGUGCUAUUAGUGCUAUUCUGUGAACUAAUUUUACAUUGUGGAAUAUGUGCCCUGAAGAAAUCCCUGCAUUGUGUUUUCCCACAUAUCUACUCUUUGACUCCCACCAUCUGAUUGGCUUAAAAAAUGGGAAGGGGAGGACUGCCAGGAAGAAAAGCAAGAUAGAUUUCAAAGCCUCACCUCCCCCUGGAGGUCCUUCCCAGCUGGUAGAUGUGGUUCCACCCAAUGUAAAUGGCUUGGACCAGUUAUAGAUUUCAAGUUAUGUGACAGAGGUGAAAGGGGAAGGAUUCACCAGCUCUGCCCAGUGACCUGUUUCCAUGAUGUUGCAAAGUGCUUCCACCACAAUCCACAAAUGGUUGGCUCAACCAUGGCCGCAAAUGAAAAUGGAUCUUCGGAUUGUCCUUGUCCUGGCCUGUGGCUCGUCUGCAGGUUUCUUGGCAUUGAGAUGGAUGCGAAAGAAAAGGAUCAGAAAACAAAUUCUAGAGGCAAGAAGCAAGAGAAACAAUGGUUUGAAAGAAAUGGAAAAAGCUGUCAGUGAGUUCAAACAGCAGAAUCCUGGAAUACAAACCACUUCUAUCCUUUCUCUGCCUCUGGCAGAGCUGGCUGAGAAGCUGAAGGAAGGGUCUUUGUCUCCUGAAAGUGUCCUUUAUACCUAUAUGGAGAAGGCCUUAACAGUGACCCAGAAGGUGAACUGUGUGCGUCAUUUCAUUCCAGAAUGUGAGCAACACCUCCAGGAACUGAAAAAGCAGAAGCAAAAGGGCUUACUGUAUGGUAUCCCUGUCAGUAUCAAAGACCACAUUGCAUACAAGGGCCAUUUAUCAACAUGUGGUUUUACUCAGUCACUCAGUGAACUACAAGAAGAAGACAGUGUAUUAGUCAAGGUGUUAAAGAGGCAAGGAGCAAAUCCAUUUGUAUUCACCAAUGUUCCACAAUCCUUAUUAAGUUAUGACUGCGGCAACUCAAUUUUUGGCCAGACAGUGAAUCCUCUUGAUCACAAAAGAACCCCUGGCGGUUCAUCUGGAGGGGAAGGUGCUCUGAUUGCUGGAGGAGGCUCUAUCUUGGGAUUUGGAUCAGACCUAGGUGGAAGUAUCCGCCUGCCUUCCAGCUUCUGUGGUAUUUGCGGAUUUAAGCCAACAGCAGGUAGACUGAGCAAUUCAGGAAUCAGGGGCCCUAUUGAUGGAAUACUCUCCGUUAUGGGAACAGUGGGGCCAAUGGCAAGGAACGUGGACAGCCUGGUUCUCUGCAUGAGGGCUCUCUUGUGUGCGGACUUGUUCCAACUGGAUCCCACACUGCCACCCAUGCCAUUCAAUGAGGAGGUGUUUUCUAGCUCUACACCACUCCGGGUUGGGUUUUUCGAUACUGAUGGCUAUUUCCUGCUUCCUCCCUGUAUGAGAAGGGCUGUUCAUACAACCAAGAAGCUUCUCCAAGAAGCUGGUCAUACACUGGUUCCUUUCACUCCACCUUCAGUGCAUUAUGCCAUAGAUGAACUUUUCUUUAAAGGUGUUUUUGCAGAUGGAGGCUCAACUUUGUCUGCCAUGUUUGAAAGAGAUAUAGUGGACCCAAGUCUGAAAUUUCAGGUGAAUUACCUUAGAAUUCCAAAUUUAGUCAAGAAAGUUGUGGCGAAGAUCAUCAAGCCAUGGUUUCCACGACUAGCCAGCCACAUUUAUGCAUUGUGUGGAGUUGGGGCCGUGAACAAGCUGUGGGAGCACCAUGACAAAGUGAUGGCUUAUCGUCAGAGUUUUGCUGCUGAGUGGAAGAAAUGCAAGCUUGAUGUUAUCCUUUGUCCAGUCUUGGGUCCAGCCUUCACUCUUGGAUAUCCUGCCAAAGUACUAACUGCUAUCUCAUCUACGAUGUUGUUCAACGUUUUGAACUUCCCUGCUGGAGUUGUGCCAGUCACCACUGUGACAGAGGAGGAUGAUAAAGAACUGAAGGAGUAUCAAGGACUCUAUGGUGACCCUUGGGAUAAGAAACUGAAAGAGGCUGUGAAAGGUGCUGUGGGCCUUCCAGUGGCAGUCCAAUGUGUGGCUUUACCAUGGCAGGAAGAGCUAUGUCUUCGAUUCAUGAAAGAAAUAGAGACAUUGUCCUGCAAAGGGAGGCAGAAGAAAGCUACCUGAUCUGACCAGAAAAAGAAAUUGAUGACAUCUGCCUAUAAGGCGGCAGUUUUAUGCAUGAGAAGCAUAAACAUUCAUUAGUCUUGCAUCCUGAUAAAACAGGCAUAUUUAAUUCCACAGCAGUUUGACCCCACUUUAAUUGUUAUGGCUCAGUGCUAUGGAAUCAAAAGAGUCGUAAUUUUACAAGGUUUUUAGCCUUCUCUGCCAAAGAAUGCUGCACAUGCAUCACCGAUGCAUGUGCAGAUGCAAUUUAAAGACAGUUAUGGUAAAAGAAAUAGAAAUGCAGUGUUAUCCCUGUAUCCAUGAGACUGCUACCUGUAUCUGACAAAAUAUGUGUCUAAGCAUUUUCUAAAUCCUCCAGGAGAUUCCAUGGCAUGCUACUGCCAGAAGUAAACUAUAGUGAUACCUUGA